AUGAUGUGUUGUGUCAUUGGUGCGAAGGAGAGUGAAUUACCUGGGUGCUAACUUGGUGUCAGAAGUGUGAAUGUUUGUCCACAUCAGCCAAGGAAGAUAACUGUGGGUUAUUUUUGGUACGGGUCAGUGAGAAAACUUUAUUAACAAAGAAACUUUGUGACGGUCUUGGUGACCUUGACAAGUUUUCCUGUGCCGACUAUGAUGGAGGGGGUGGACGAGAGAGAAGCUCUCAUGACCUUUGUGACUGAUAACAGUGGUACAAGCCUAAACGAACGUAUUCUGGAAGCAUACAAUAACAAUGGACGAUCUGAAGCAGCAUCUCUGAUGCUGAGGUUGCUUAUACAACGUCCUGACUGGGUGGAAGAUCUCUUGAAGGCGCUGCGGAUUCCCGUCAUAAAUCUCGGUCAUGUGGCUGAUGAGAUAGAGAGGAGGAGGUGUGAGGUACUGAUGGUGAUGGACAUUGAUUGUGAGGAGGAGCCCAUGGAUGUAGAUGGAGAAGAGCCCAAAACCUCAAAUGAGAUGUUCGACAUAUUUAAGGACAUUGUCAACACAAUCUUCAAGGAGUAUGUUGCAACACCAUACCAGCUACAGCAAGCUCUGAAACUUUUUGGACAGUUGAGCGAUGUCCUGUUCCGAAGUAGAAGUUUUGGUUGCCUCGAACUCAGCUUCCAAGUCAAGAGUAUCAGGUCACUUUACAACCUGCGCAGAUUGCACCAGGGGGAGCACUGUGUGAUGCUCUUUCUCAGGGUAUCCUCAACACAGCAACACAACAGAGAAUCCAGAAGGAGGCUGCUAGACGAGGGGUGA